AUGCUCUAUUUCAAAGUCUGGCAUCCGUUGUUUCCAUUUCUCCAUGGACCAACCUUCUUGCAGGCCAUGGAGCAGCUCUACUCUGGCUCUCGUCAGACCCAUGCGCCGUCGUCCUCCACAGACCACCGCAAUGCCUGCUGGACUACCAUCUUCCAAUGCGUGUUCAACCUCGCAAGUCGUCUUCACCCAGAGACAUGUCUUCCCCCAGAGUCUCGCAUCGAGUCUCCCAGCAGGAUGCACGCCUUGCUCGGCACCCUCACCUACCGGAGUGACCUCCCCUCGUUGCAGGCACUUCUCGCCUCCCAGCUGUAUCUGGUUGCGACGAUGUCGCUGCGUCCGGCAUCCACUGUGGGCGGGUGCAUGCUCCGGUCCAUGCUGCACGCCGGGCUCCAUCGCUGUCCCUUCCGCUAUAAGGAGCUCUCCACGCACGACCGCCAGCUUCGCAAGCGCAUCUUCUGGUCUGCUUACGCCCUCGACCGAUACCUGAGCCAAGCACUCGGUCUGCCUCUGGGCAUCCAGGACUCCGACAUCGACGUUUGUCUACCAGGAGGCUAUGAAGCGCACAUCCCUGGCUCCUACCAGACCUACCCGCCACACAUCAGCUGGUCUCUGUCCGGCAAUAUCACCAUCAACUCACCAACAUCCCCCAGUCCAGCCCCUCAACCCACCACCCACCGCGCAUCCCACCCGGAACACGACAUCGACAAACGGCAGCUCGCCUUCUCGAGCUACGUCGAAUCCGGCACGCUAACCGGCCGCGCGCUCGAACUCUUCCACAAAUCCAUCUUCGUCCGCUCCGUCCGCCGCAGCUCCGUCCUCGUCCUCAUCACCGACAUCCACAAAUGGUGGAAUGGGCUCUCUACCGACCUCCAGGGCCUCCCUCCUACCACCACUCAGCCACCAGAAUCUGCCUCCGCAACUACGCCCUUCCACUUCGGCCCCUUCUUCACCGUCCUCUACCAGCACCUCAUCCUCCUCGUCAACCGCCCCUCGCUCUCGCUCCCGCCGUCAUCCCCGGAGUUCGGCUCCGCCCUGCAGACCUGCAUCGGCGCCGCAAGGGAGAUCCUCACCGCGCUAACGGCCCAGCUCGACAGCGGUCAAGCCCUGUUCUGGCCGGGCUUCCUGUCUGCCGCCUGGAUGGCCGGCCUGGUCCUUGCGUUUGCCUGCCAGUUGGGACACGAAAUCACCAGGUGUCUGUCUAUUCUGCGUGUCAUGUCCGCCCAGUGGGACACCGCCAAACACUGUCUCUCCGCGCUGUCGCUCCUCGCUCACCGCAUCCACCAGGGCCCUCUCGUGCUCAAGGCAUACUCUUCCUCCGACCCCGUCGACCAGGACAGCGCCGGCGCCAGCGGCAGAUCCAAGAAACGGCGUCUCAACGAGGCUUCUCCUCGUCCUGACGGGGUCAACUACCCGUCUACUCCCACGCCCCCUACGGCUACCUCAGACCAUAGUGCCGAGCAAACCUCCGCAACGCAGGAAAAUACAGCACCACCGCCCAGCCAGACGCUCCUCGACGCGCCCGAUAGUAGAUUCUUCUCCCUACCCGACGAAUCCGCCACGACGGCCAUGAUGGAUCUCGACCUCGACAUGGUCGAUCUGCUGCAGGGGGGCAACUUCGACAAUCUCCUCGACAUGUUCGGCCAACAGUACCCGAGUUUCUAA